AUGCUUGAAGAGGCGAUCCCUGAACACCUGGUACAGGAAAGGACGAGACCAGUGAGCACACCACCCAAUCAUGAGCCGGCGCUUCCCGCAUACGGUGCGCGUUUCCCACAGCGUACGAAAGACCUUGUCAUGGCUAUCAUGGGCGCGCAGUUUUCCUCAGCCUCGGACGAUGAUGGCUCAGCGAUUUCCAAGCUAAUGGGACACAUUAAUUGCUCGUUGGAUCGUCUACGCCCGUCGUUCUGGGAACUGGCAUCCGUAACGGACAAUAGCGGGGCAUAUAACAUUGCUGUCAUUGCCUACUGGCCGAACAAGAUGUUACAUAGCGAAUGGGCCGCUUCCAGUAACUUUCAGCAAUGGUGGGACGAGCUGAACGCAGAAGAUGAGCGUCAUGGCUGGUUCCUGGAGGUGUUCUUCCCGACGAUAGAGCGGUUCGAAACCGUAUUUUCGGAUAACGAAAUUCCCGAAGGCGCAGCGCACAUGAGAGAAGGGAUGAGCGGUCCUAUUAAGCAACAUCUGUAUUUCGGCAGCAUGCGAGACCGACUGCCAGUGGCUCAGACGGAUGCGCUUAUUGGAGAAACUGGUCGCAUCCCCAAUAAGCCAGCUGGAGAUACAUCCCGCCGCCGUCUUCGUGUUCGCGGAAGGCAAAACCUUACCGUCAUUCGCUCGGGCCAGGACUGGUCUGAUACCGAUCCGAAAGAGCGGAAAUUGUACCUGGAGACCAUGCAUCCGGUCCUAAUCAAGGGGAUGGAAUUUCUCCGUGACCACGGUGAUCAGGUGGGAUGCUAUAGUUGCCGCUUCAUGGACGUUGUGGAUCCCGUUUCGCAUAAAGUCGACAAGGAUAAAACAUUUGGGUUAGCCUACUUUGACGAACUGAACUCGCUGGAGAGAUGGAGCAAGCAGCACAAAACGCAUCUCGACAUCUUCGGAGGACUCUUGCAGUAUGCGAAGGUGCUGGACGGCAACAUGGCUCUGCGUUUAUUUCAUGAGGUGCUAGUUUUAACGCCGGAGCAGCAGUGGUUUGAGUAUAUAGGAUGUCAUGAGAAGACUGGGAUGUUGGUUUCUUCCACCGACAUUUAG